AUGGAACAAUCAGAUAUAAGACUGGUUAUAGAUCUUCCGACGCAGUUGGCACAUUUUAAUGAGGUGGUUCAAUUGUUGGAGAAUAAAUUAGGGCAAAAACAGGCACAACAACUCGUCGCUGAUGCAGUAUACAUGUUUAGCACUGGAAGUAAUGAUUAUGCUUUCCCUUACCUUUCCAAUCCUAAGUUUCCAUUUCCAAAGGAAGAAUUUUCAGAGAUGGUUUUGGGUAAUUUUACUGCUAUUUUAAAGGAAAUUUACAACAAAGGAGGGAGAAAAUUCACAAUAUUUACGUUGCCUCCAGAAGGUUGUUCCCCUGGUGGAAGGGCAUUUAACGAACAAUUAAAUGGUACAAGUGGUGACUGCAUGCAAGAACUCAAUGGCCUAUUGCAAAUGCACAGUUCUGCUCUUCCCCAAAAGCUCAACCAACUACAACAGAAUUUGACUGGAUUUAACUAUACAUUAUUUGAUCUUUUCAAACUCUUUACUGAAAGAAUUGAUAACCCUUCCAAAUAUGGUUUUAAAGUAUCAAUAGAAGCAUGUUGUGGUACAGGUCAAUUUAGAGGAAUUAAUAGUUGUGGAGGUAAAAGGCAAGUGAAAGAGUUUGAGUUAUGUCCAAAUGCGACAGAUCAUGUGUUUUUCGAUGCCAGUCAUCCCACAGAAGAAGCCAACAGGCAAUUUGCUGAACUAUUAUGGAAUGGAACGACGGAUGUCAUUGCACCUCACAAUCUUAAAUCUUUUUUUCUAAUGUAACUUAGUAUUGGGAUAUAUUAGGGUAAAUUUAGUAUAAACCUUCUUGUAUUCUGAAUAAGAUGAUUUUCAUUA